AUGGUGAGGACACCAUGUUGCAAAGAAGAAGGAAUAAAGAAAGGGGCUUGGACUCCUGAGGAAGAUCAAAAGCUUAUUGCUUAUCUUCAACUCCACGGUGAAGGUGGAUGGCGUACUCUCCCUGAAAAAGCUGGACUGAAGAGAUGCGGAAAGAGUUGUAGAUUGAGAUGGGCGAAUUACUUAAGACCCGACAUUAAGAGAGGAGAGUUUAGUCCCGAAGAAGACGAUACCAUCAUCAAGCUUCAUGCUCUUAAGGGUAACAAGUGGGCUGCAAUAGCGGCUAGUUUGGCGGGACGAACUGACAACGAAAUAAAAAACUAUUGGAACACAAAUCUCAAGAAGCGUAUAAAACAAAAGAAAGGCCUCGAUCCCAUUCCCAUCACUCACAAAUCGAUCAAUUCUUCAACCGGUCAAAACGCUAUCGAACCAAUAAACAACAAUAAACCGGUACGUUCAUCCGGUUCCGCAAGGCUUCUAAACCGCGUCGCAAGCAAAUACGCAGCGGAGUUUAACCGGGAUCUACUAACCGGACUCAUCAGUGGAAACCGCACCGUCUUCGGGGAUUCACAAAACCCCUCCGGCAAGAUCGAUCCUAGGGACUCAACAUUGCUAAACAAAGUGGCGGAAACGUCGGUUUAUAUCAACAGUAGUACAUUGUCCGACAUCUCCGACAACUGUUUCAACGAGUUCUUAAGCAACGAAGAGAUCUCCGACAACUGUUUCAACGAGUUCUUAAGCAACGAAAAGAUCUCCGAUGAUUUCAUGUAUACGACAAUCGAUAAUAUCGAGUUUAUGGAGGAGUUAAAGGGAAUUUUAAGCGGUUCAGGCGCCGAAGUUGUUGAAAAUUCGUCUGAUGAGGUCAAUGCAGCUGAUGAAAUGGAGUUCAUUAUUGGUUGUUGGAACGAAUAAGAACA